UGUCAUACUUUUGUCGAGGAACAUGAGGAAUUAGUUGAGAAAUUCUGGCAUUCCAUUUUUGCAAAGGACAAAGGGCCAGAUUUCUUUUUGUGGCUCUGUAUUGACAAUGUUAAAGUUUGCUGUCCAGAGAACACAUAUGGCCCUAACUGUAAAUCAUGUCCUGGGGGGACCAAGUCUCCGUGUGGAGGAAAUGGAAAGUGUGAUGGAGCGGGCACCAGAAGUGGGAAGGGCACCUGUUCUUGUGAUGCUGGUUACCAAGGUGACAUGUGUGACAGCUGUUCUGAUGGACAUUAUGAGGAAGUCAAGAAUGAAACUCAUACCAUUUGUAAAGCCUGUGAUACAUCCUGUAAAUCUACUUGUUGGGAGGCUGGUCCUAAAGGAUGUGAUGAAUGUAAUGUAGGCUGGAAGGCAUCAGAGGAAGAAGGAUGUAUAGAUGUGGAUGAGUGUGUCAGUGACAGUGUUAAUUGUUCUGAAGAUGAAUACUGCUCUAAUACUGUGGGAUCAUUUUAUUGUGGAAAAUGCCACACAGCAUGUAAAGGCUGUACCCAGUACGGUCCAGAUAAAUGUAAAGAGUGCUCGGACGGGUAUAAAUUGAUAGACAAUACCUGCACAGAUGUUGAUGAAUGUGUUGAGGAUAGCAGUCUGUGUGCUGGAGAAAACCGACAGUGUGUAAACAGCCCAGGGAGUUACUCCUGUACAUGUAACGAGGGUUAUGUAGAACAAGAGGACAAGUGUGUCCCUAAACCAAAAGAAGAAACGUCAAAUGAGAAGGAAGAUGAAAACCCCACAGAAUCAACAGAACCAAAGGAAGAGUUAUGACAACGGAGGUGUAUAAGUGAAUCUAUAUUUAUGUAUGAGAGAUUUCUACACAAAUAAAAUAU